AUGAUGUGGCUGGACAAGGACCAAGCCUGGCAGCAUGUGGUGUAUGAGCAUCCACGAGAUGCUGACACAGACACCAUUCUGGAUCAAUUCCAGUGCCGGUCAAGCAAGGCGAAAGCCAAAUUGGCUGAGUGGAAGGCUCUCCCGCCCGAGAAGAAGCGGGGAUGCGUCCUUGUCCACAACGCGUCGGUGAGGCGCAUUCUCGUCACGCCACGACUCGUGAGCCACAUCAGUGGGCAGAGUGACUCCUCGUCGAGUGGGGACUGGACGCAAGCACUGGAUCACCAUCCACUGGGCAACGUCAUGAAGAAGGCCUUCACGCUUGGCAGCUACAGCAAGAAGGAGGACAGCUCCCUGGUUAUUGCGCCGCAGAGACUAGCCGUGGUGCCGCUACCACCAAAGCCAGAUACAAACUGGGGCUGGAAAGGACAUUUUGCAUAUGGCGACACCAAGGUCGGGGACUGUGCGUUUCGUGAGGGCGGUGUCUUUAGCUUCAUCAGUGUCGACUGCGGACUCCGUGUUGGUGAUCGCGAGGGAGAUGGACGAAGCCGAACUCUUUCAGACUUCAAGUGCGAGGAUGAGGACCUCAUCCAAGCCAAGCUGGUCGGAGAAGUUGCGGCCACCGACAUAGUUAUCAAUAACCCAGAUGACCCUGAGAAGACUGGGGACGAGCCAACCACAACAUUGGAGGUCUCAAACUGUACAGAUGAGCCCGUGCAAGUGAAGAUCUUUGAGCCGGGUCACAGCCACGCUGCGUCGCGGCUCUUCCGCAGCGCAAUGGCCGAGGGCACGAUCAGCCCUGCCACGAACCGGGUCUUCACGCUGAAGGCUUCCAAGGAGGGAGUUGACACAGAUCUCGACGUGGAGGCCGCAACUCACAACCGGCAAAUUAAGAUCAAGAACCCAUGGGUGAAGGGUGUAGAGGGCUGA